CACUGUGUGACUAUGCUCGUGGACACAGUAACGAAGAAAGUUAACUGAAAGGCAGAAACAGACACACACACACAAACACGUCUUCACACAGAGGAACAGAAAAUAGAAUCUUACAAACCACACGAGGAGGGGAUAUUGGGGAUACUUUUCCAACCUCUCCUGCAGAAUUAGUCAUCGAUGAGUGCGACAAACUCCUCUGCCUACCGAUCGGAGCGCAGCUUCCAGCAAACCUCUUCUUCAGCCUCCUCCUCCAACAACCCAUACAUGGAGAAAAGCAGGGGACUCUUUGCAGAGGACUUUGGUUCUUUUAUGCGUCCUGGAACUGAUGCCUUGGGGUUUCCCAGUCGGACAGGGACAACAGGCAAGAUCAAAACAAUGGGUGACAGUUAUCAGUUCACAGUGGAUGUCCAAGACUUUUCUCCAGAGGAUGUCAUCGUCACCACCUCAAACAACCAGAUUGAAGUUCAUGCAGAAAAGUUGGCGGCGGACGGUACAGUGAUGAACACGUUCACCCACAAGUGCCAGCUGCCUGAGGAUGUGGACCCCACCUCUGUGACAUCAUCACUGGGUUCUGAGGGAACACUGACUGUCAAGGCCCGCAGACACCCAUCCAAGCAUGAGCUAACACAGACCUUCCGCACAGAGAUAAAGAUCUAACCAGACAGACUGGACUCCCACAUGCGCCCGCUCCCUCACUGCCUGUAUUUUGGGAUGCUGAAAUGUAUUUUCUUUCCCCAUUUCAUUUCUUUAUUAUUUUGCCAGUCAGUUCUGCCGUUGAAGCUGGAUCUUUUUUAUGUAUGUUUUCUUCUGCUAUACCACUUCCUCGCACAUCACAUCCUUCAGUAUAUAGUGUCAGUAGUUUGACAGUAGUUUGCCUACUCUGUUCUUUUUUUUUCUAAACGUUAUCACACAACUGCUCGACAUACACGUAUACAUGCAUGUAUAUACACACACACAUGUCCUAUCCAUUCAUCAAUUGUGUUACUUCUUCUGUUGAACUCCACAUGUAGUGUACUGCUAUCAUAAUAAUACAAAACAUUAUCUUAGUUGUGUGAAUGAAAUAGUAGAAAAAGGUAUUUCCCCUACUGAGAAUAUAACCUGCUGUGUACAUCAAUCUACAAUAUUAACAAAAGGUUCCUGGUGUUUUCUUUAAGGUUCCACUGUUUUCUGGGGGGAACCCCUAUAAGUUCUUACAUUUUGUAGUGUUUGGUGAUCAAACAAGUUUCCAGUUAACGUAUAACAUAGGUGUAGGAUGGUAAAUUCCAUUAAUUUCAUUUUUCUAUUUUAAAGAUGAAUAACGAAACUGUCAUACAACAGUAUUUAUACCUUGUUUUUUUGUGGUUUAUGUGAAAUAAAAAACAUCCUUUUUGACAAUGGUUUA